GUAACGCGGGGAGCUAGUAUGUCACCUUCUUCAAAGGCUCAUAUUGGGAACAGAAAGAUGUGAAGAUGUGAAGAUGUGGGGGAAGUUUACGCAGACCCACCGACGGUUCGGAGACCGCUACGAGUCCAUCUUGUCCGUAUAAACACACAUCCACUCACAAUUUGGACGCAGCGCUAGCAGGAGCAGGAGGUCAGAGCCAGCCCCCCCCCAUCCUCCCCAUGGCCACGGCGCGCUUCCCGGGGAAAGCUGCGGACGUGGCCGCCGCCAACUGGACCGCUCCAGCGCUGGGCAGGCCGCUGUGUGUCAACGGGACGCCGUGGAUCCACUACCUGCUGGAGGAGUGUGUGGAUAAUGUGUGGGAGUACUGCAGCGUGGUGAUAGGACUCAUAUCCAUGUUCUGUUUUCUGCUUUCCACUUUACCGCAGGUCUACGAGGCCUAUCGCAAUGGUAAAGUGGAGGAAGCCAUGUCUUUUGGCUUUCUCUUCUUCCUCUUCAGUGGCGACGUGACCAGCUUUGCAGGCUGCUACCUCACUAGCCAGCUGCCUAUUCAGGUAGUCACAGUGGUGUUCUACAUCUUCACAGAUCUGAUCCUCAUCUCCCAGUUUCUCUACUAUAAGAUCAAGAACAGCUCCAGCAGAAAGAGCCCUGUGCUGAAGUGGCUAUGCUUCAUGUGGUGUGGUGCUGCUACGUUAGUCCUCCUGGCUUUACCCAAGCUCAUCAUAGACAAUAGUGCAACCUUAGACACCCAGAGUCCAACUACCUCUAAAUCAGUGGAAAUCACUGGCUAUAUAUGUGGAUACCUGGCAUCUAUCUUCUACCUCUGCUCACGUUUCCCCCAGCUCUAUAAAAAUUUCCAGCGACAGUCUACGGAGGGGACCUCUUACUUGUUGUUUGCCCUCGCCAUGAUGGGCAAUGGGACGUACGGGUUGAGUGUCAUUGUGGUCCUGCCUUCACUGAGGGGCUCCAAACAUACAUUCAUCAUCAAACAUCUGGCCUGGCUCAUUGGCAGCUUGGGAGUCCUCAUACUUGACUUCUUUGUGACUGCACAGUUCAUCAUGUACAGGAAGAACAACUCUGCUAAAAGCCGUGUGCUACUCAGUGUCCCAGAGGUGGAACCUCUUCUGUGUGAGGAAGAGGAGCUGUCAGUGUUAUAGGACAGAGCAUGGACACCAACUUGGACUACUUAGUCAAGAAGGGACUGGCUAGUCUGCACUUUGUUUUUGAACCGUUCUUUGGGUUCUCUCUGAAAAAAAACUGAGAAAAACAGUCAUUGCUGAAGCUUUUUUUAAAACGAGGAACCAGUGGAGCCAGCAGGUAAUUCCAGUGCAUCUUUGCAGUCUGUUGCUGUUAAAAGGACACACACCUUGAUCAUCUCUUCUGUGGUUUACUGUCGAUGCACGUAAGAUCGGGUCAAGACAUUUUUCUUAACACUGGAGAUUCAGUGAAAUUAAGUACCACUUUAGAAACAUUUCACAGUUUCUCCUCAGGCAGGCGUGUUGGCAUCAUUUGAGUCUCUUUUCUGGUUUUGAGAACAAUCGUUUUUGAUUAAAUAUUCCACUGAGAUUUCUUGACUUUGUUUUGGAUGGAAUAACUGUAUUUUUAUUUGCCACUGGGGAGCAUAUACACCCAGAGGAGGAAGCUCGUGCCAGAUGUCUUUUCACAAAUGCAAGCUUUAUGGAAGAACAAAGUGCCUGUUAUAUUUACACAUUUUUGACAGGGUAAACGCUGUUGUAGCAGAUUGCAGUAUUAUACUGGGAUGGAGUUUUCUUUUCCAACUGGGUGGUUAACUAUAGCUAAAAUGAAUUUGUCAUGAGCAAAACAUUGGAUCACUAGACUCAUGGUUUGCAUGACUUGAAAUAGACAGGGUAUACAGUAAAUGUCUGCAGGGGCCAUGCCUCCACCUGAGAGAUGUUCGUGUGACUGCAGGUGUACAGUUGCCUCAUUGCUAUUUGCGAUGCUGCAUUUAUCUGCUGUCCUUGAGAAACACUUUGUUUGUGCCUUUUUAAACUAAACACAGUCUUAAUACACAUGCACUGUAUAACCAUUUCAAAAGUAAAUU